GUCCUUUUCGUCUCGCUGUGUAUGCCGGUUGCUCUGAUAUUUAUGAGUUGUAUAGCAUUCAUUGACUAUGUCUUCGCUUCCAUGGCUUGGUUCGUCUCUUCGUGAGCUAACUGCCAAGAAAAACCCACGCGACGUUGGAUGAUCUGCUACUUCCUUGGAUUCAAUGCAACAGCUUGACCUAUACAAACAACUAAAAAGAUAUCGAGUAGAUCACUGCAUCGUUGGGUCCAAUAGGUCUCGCAUAUGCAAGGAUUUCGAGCUCUCUAUCACAAAUAGCAUCUUCCUUCCCAAGCUACUCCCCUGUUCAUUUGUCUCUCUUUUCAUCCCUUCCUCGCGAACCGUGGGUACUCUCCAUCAGCGGCAUGUCAGCUACCCUGCACCCGAUAACGUUUCGGUCGAAAGCGCGAUAGGACGCUUUGUCUCUUGGAAAUUAUCGGAGCACAAUGGGAUCCAGGUCGCCCAGUCAUGUUGAUAACCUCGGGGUGCAAAACUACGCCGGUCGCGAUCGCAGUCGCAGUCGCGAUUUUGUUGCUGAAAACAACGAGGCAAUCCCGGAUGUGGGAAAAUAUCACAACGCCCGUGACUUCGCUGCACUAGAAACACGGCCAGCACCGUCCAUGACCCUGGAAGGAGCGGUUGGAGAUGGGGAGGGUGGUAGAUUAAGUGACGACCAAUGGUCGAGGCCUCACGUAUACUAUCCAUUUGACAACCCAAUGGGCACUAACCCGGUCCGCAUGGACAUUCCGUCCACCGUAUCUACCGCGGAUCUUCCCAACGUCCGCCGUCGUUCGACUGUUCGCUCUGGUAUUUUCAAGACCGUUGACGACUUCCAGGACUUUGAUGUUGGUGGGCCUGGCUGGCACCCUGGCGCAGAACCAGGGCUGGAUCCGAGGAAGGCUGAUGGAGGACAUGCCUCGAUGCCUAUUCUUAGUGUACCAUGUGAUAUUACCGUGGUCGAUUUCUCACACGAUUGCCUUGCGACAUAUAGGCGCAAUAACGAAACGCUCGCUUCAUUUAUAAGCCUGCCCCCGCCGGAAUGGAUCAAAUGCCGCUGGAUCAGCGUCAAUGGUCUGAGCUGGGAUGUCAUCCAGCUACUGGGUCGGCACAAGAACCUGCAUCGACUUGCUGUCGAAGAUCUUUUAAACACGCGCAACAGAACCAAAGCUGAAUGGUUCCCAACUCAUGUUUUUAUUGUCUUGACUCUCCAGAAACUUGUUCGCAUACAGAACUUAGAUGCACAAGAAAGCGAAUCAAAAUAUGUUGAUUGCGAUAAAGCGAACAAUGGGAGAAAUGGUGAGUUGGGUGGCGAUGGCGGUCCUAACCUCUAUAGCCGCCUGAAAGAAUAUUACACCCGCGCAAGAAAUGUUUUCCUGGACCGGAAGCUCGGGAGUGGGAAUCCCAAUCUACCACCUAGUCCUCGCGGCCAGACCGGCUCCUCACCAAGCUCCAUCCGCAAUUUAAAUCUUCACGGGCUUCGGACACUACAGACAUACCACUCGAGAUGGGAUGAGCCACGCACUCAUUACAUGGAACAACACUCAGCCUUAAUGUCUAGGGAUCUUGCCGUUGCCUGCGAACAGGUAGCUAUGUUCGUUACUCAAGAUAACACUAUUAUCAGUUUCUUCGAGUGUUCGGCUCAAGACGUCGAGGCUCCCAUCAUUCGCCGUCUCCAAACCAAGGAUACCAUCAUCCGGCAGUCUUGCGACGCUUCAAUGGUUUGCCAGGCUAUCAUUGACGCCAUCAUUGACCUAGCGAUGCCAGUGACGACGUGCUAUACCGAAGUUAUUGGCGAUCUCGAGCUCGACGUGCUUACCAAACCCAAUAUCAAGCACACCAAAAGCCUUUACAUUCUCGUCACUGAGAUGAACAAGAUGCUGAGCUUUAUAAACCCAGUGAUUACUCUCAUAAGCGCUCUACGCGACCACAAAACAAAUAUGUCACAAGAAGCAGCAACCAGAAAUCUCCAAGACCCGAGUCAUGGCGUCAUCAUCACACCGACAACUUACAUCUAUCUUGGAGAUGUUCUUGAUCACUGCCUCUUGAUCACUGAUACAUUGACCCAGCUGAAGGGCUCGGCUGAGGGCAUGAUUGAUCUCAUCUUCAACACGAUAUCGGCAAACCAAAAUGAGUCGAUGAAGCAACUUACGAUAGUCACCAUCAUCUUCCUUCCCCUGACGUUCCUUACCGGGUACUUUGGUCAAAACUUUGAACACUUUCCCGGGCCAAAUCACUCGAUUGACUACUUCUGGAAAAUUGCGGUCCCUGUGGUGUUGGCCACUGGGCUCCUACUACUGGCACAGGCCAUACACGAUUACUGCAGAUCGUGGGUGCAACAGCUCCGUAUCGGGCAGUUGAAAAGGGCGCGGAAGAGGCGUCGAGGAAAGAAGCAGGUGUAGAUGUGUAGAGCUAGCUCUCCGUUCAAGGUCGUCAGUCAGGUAGCUGAGAUCUUACUGUCCCUGGUCACAUUGUAUUGAUAUACGCUGCGUAGAACAGCGGGUUACCUGUUCUGAGUUCGGCAUCAUUGGGAAGCUUAUCGCCUCCAGUUUAUGACCUUGUAUUUCUGCGUAAGUUCUUAUGGAUGUACGUACUGACUGGACCUCGAAAACUGUGUGGGGCGUAAUACUUUUAAAGCCGAUGAAGUUAUUUAGACGGCGUCACAAGUGCUACGCUGGGAGCUCUUCUUGCAGGCAGAUACCCAUAUGAAGCAUUCGGCCCUGUUCGACACUCAAGCCUUAAAGCGCU